AUGCAUCAAAGAAAGUAUGCAUUAGAAUUAAUAUCAGUGUCUGGAUUAGGUGCUGCUAAGUCAUUUCACACACCUAUAGACAUUAGUGUCAAGCUGACAACCAGAGAAUAUGAUCAACAUCUAAAAGAAACUAUUGAUCAGCAAGAUAAACAAGCUAGCAAGAAGACGGCAUGUGAAGAAGAUGAAGUAUUACAAGAUCAAAGUGCCCAUCAAAGAAUAAUAGGAAAGCUGCUCUAUUUAACAGUAACAAGACCUAAUAUCUCCUAUAGUGUUCAAAAUCUAAGUGAAUUCCUACAACAACCAAAAAGGUCUUAUAUGGAAGCUCAUCUAAGGAUUAUAAGGUAUAUCAAAUCACAUCCUGGAAAAGGGAUUUUGUUAUCUAGCAACAGACAAGAUACAAUCACAGCAUACUAUGAUGCUGACUGGGCUGCAUGCUUAUUCUCAAGGAAGUCUAUAACUGGUUUUUUGAUCAAACUGGGAGAUUCUCUAGUGUCAUGGAAAUCUAAGAAGCAGUCAAUAAUAUCUAGAAGCUCAUGA